CGACUGUUGAUGACAUCACUUCCGCCGCGGCAUAGCCAAAACAACAACAGAAGUCAGCUGUUUGGAAGCUACCCGCGAUAAAUACAAAUAUAUCUAUAAUUGAAUAUAUUUUCAAUUGUGACGUGUCACACGUAGCUACGUAUUGCCUCCGCUAAGGUUGUAAUAUAAUUUGUCAAAUUUUUUUUUUUUUUUUAGCUUAAACACUUUUUGUUUCGUCCGGACGUUAGCGACUUAGCAUGUUAGCUUCUGAAAGUACCGCAGCCCGUUCCUUUGAAAGCUUUUAGGUGAGGAGAGAGGUUUAUGGCAAAGCCAGACCACAAGACCUCCAGGUGGCGAUACUGACCGUCAUAUAUCGACAUGUCUCCGCGCAAAAGAGCCCUGGUUCCUGUCAGCAAACGUCGGAAAUCCGUGGAAGACCACUUCCCCUUCAACUUGCUGCCCGUGGAGUGCCAGCUGCACGUAUUGUCCUUCUUGAACGAGGUGGAUAAAUGCAGCUGUGCUCUGGUUUGCCUCAGCUGGAGCUGCCUCAUCCGUUCUUGGAAGCUCUGGCGGGUCGCGGACUAUUCCCGUCGUGGAGUUUUUCACCUGGGUCAAGAGGGACUGCUUGUGUCUAAUCGCGUGUUUGAGAGGUGGAAGUCGUGGGUUCACCUCUACACCCACCAUCUAAUAUCACGGCGGGCCAGCCUGCUCACGCUGAAAGCCAGCUUCGAUUUGGGGGAUUGCUGCAAUAAGUGGGGGGAUCUCCUCAGCCACCUGCUAGACCACGUCCACUGCAGAGACCUCAGUCAUCUGGACCUCAACUGGACAUUUACUCUUCUUGAACCGCUGGAUCUCAGGGUGCAUUCCAGCUCCAGCUCCCACCAGGACAGCAUCACUAAGAUGGACCAGGUGACGAAUUUCCAGGAGCUGUUAACCAAACUCACACAGAACUGUCCUCGUAUCAGCAAGAUGCGGCUUCACUUCGAUUGGUCAGACUUGUCUGUAUCGCUGCUUACUCAGUUCCAGCAGCUCAAAGUCCUGGAGCUCAAGUACUUCUGGGUCUUCAAAGGCGUGACUCCGUCCACGCUGCAAACCCUAACAACAUCCCUUCCUAACCUCAAGUCUCUGACCCUGCACAUCUUGGUGCCGCUGAGGAACCUUGGCAUCUCCUACACCUUAGAGUCGCUCUCUUUGGAGUUCCUGGACGUGUCACCCAGCAGAGGACUGGUCUUCUCUUGUCUAAAGCUGCCGGCUCUGCGUGAGCUUAGAGCCAAAAAGACCGUCCGCGGGAUCACGCUGGACAGGCGCACCCGGCUGAGGAUCCAAAGCCGAUGGCCAUGCAUGUAUCAAGUCCUCCAGGAGGGUACGCCAAGGCUCCAAGCCCUCAACAAUGAACGACUCCUACCCACAUGGAGAGAGAAGAUCUACGGGGAACUGUCAGGUAUCCUGGAACAGUCCUGUUACUGUGUCCAGCAUCUAGACAGCUGGCUGUGGUAGCCCAUCAACUAAAGAUAGUAGAUUUACAUUUAACUGUUUAAAAAAACUUAUUGAUUGAACUAUUAGUUUAGCAAGCUGUUAUGGGACCAAUGAAAACCGGAUGCAAAAUCUCCAAACAAGUGUAAAAAAAUCAGACACUCAAUAAACGUCACUGGUUUUUAA